GGGAAACCAAUGCGAAACACCGCUGGCGCGUGUGCUUGUGACAUGGCGGUCAAAUCAGGGCCCUUUUCAGAUGUAUAUUUAUCAUGAACGACAACUUGGGGGCCUUUGCGGUGUGCAUUGUCUCAACAACCUCUUGCAGGGUCCACAUUUUGGUCCCGGCGACCUGGCGGAGAUCGGUGUCCACUUGGACCAACAGGAGAGAGCCUUGGUAAGACAAGCGACUGGUGAGGUUGGGACUGGAGCCGAAGAGUACAAUGUGGAUAGCUCCGCAGACGGUGGAAACUUCAGCAUCCAGGUCCUGAGUGUGGCUCUGAAGCGCUUCGAACUGGAACUGGUCUCCUCCAGGCAUCCGAACAUGAAGGUUGCCAUGAAGGACCCUUCGGAGGCCACCGAGGCAUUCCUGUGUCAAAGCCGCGACCAUUGGUUCGCCAUCCGCAAGG